AGUGACGGGCUGAGAGUCACGCCGGAGGCGGCAGCGGGGGAGGAGACGAGGGGACUAGGGGCCAGGGCCGGGAUUUCGUGCGAGUCUGGAGCGCGCUGAUCAGAGCCGCCGGCCACGACAGGCGAAGGCGGAUGCAGGGGCUGGCCGUGGUGACUUCGGACCUGAGCCCCCUUCCGGUCUGCGGAGAUGGGCCACAGGCUCGGCCGAGUAAGGAGUCAGUGGCUUUUCACCUUCAGAGCUGCAGAAAGGGAGGGAUGGAGGAUGAACACGAGCCGCCGUUACAGCCUCGGACUCAGUACAUUCAAGAAUUCACCAAUGAGACGUGGCGGAUGCGAACUGACCGGCCGCUGCCCGACCAUCUGGUCCUGCUUGUGUGGUCCCUCAUCGUGUCUCUGUACCCCGUGGGGGGCCUUCUGGGAGCACUGCUUGCUGGCCCCUUGGCCAUCACACUGGGGAGGAAGAAGUCCCUGCUGGUGAAUAACAUCUUCGUGGUGGCUGCGGCGACCCUGUUUGGCUUCAGCCGCAGAGCAGGCUCCUUUGAGAUGAUCAUGCUGGGACGGCUGCUCGUGGGCGUCAGCGCAGGUGUGAGCAUGAACGUCCAGCCCAUGUACCUGGGGGAGAGCGCACCCAAGGAGCUCCGAGGGGCUGUGGCCAUGACCUCAGCCAUCUUCGCCGCCCUGGGGGUCGUGAUGGGUCAGGUGGUUGGACUCAGGGAGCUCCUGGGUGGCCCGCAGGCCUGGCCCCUGCUGCUGGCCAGCUGCCUGGUGCCUGGGGUGCUCCAGCUGGCCUCCCUGCCCCUGCUCCCCGAGAGCCCACGCUACCUCCUCAUUGACUGUGGAGACUCCGAGGCCUGUCUGGCAGCGCUGCAGCGGCUGCGGGGCCCCGCGGACCUGGCCGAGGAGCUGGCCGAGUUGGAGCGGGAGCGCGCCGCCUGCCAGGGCCGGCGCGCGCGGCGCCCGUGGGAGCUGUUCCGGGACCGCGCGCUGCGGAGGCAGGUGACGAGCCUGGUGGUGCUGGGCGGGGCCAUGGAGCUGUGCGGGAACGACACGGUGUACGCGUACGCGUCGGCAGUGUUCAGCCAGGCGCGGAUUCCCCCGGAGAAGGUCCAGUACGCCGCCAUCGGGACCGGGGGCUGCGAGCUGCUGGCGACGCUGCUCAGCUGUGUGGUGAUCGAGAGGGUGGGCCGACGGAUGCUGCUGAUGGUGGGGUACGGCCUGAUGACCUGCUGGGGGAGCGUCUUCACAGCGGCCCUGUGCCUGCAGAGCUCCCUCCCCUGGAUGCCCUACCUGGCCAUGUCCUGCGUCUUUGCCUUCAUCCUCAGCUUUGGCAUUGGCCCUGCCGGAGUGACCGGGAUCCUGGCCACAGAGCUGUUUGACCAGAUGGCUCGGCCUGCUGCCUACAUGGUCUGCGGGAUGCUCAUGUGGACCAUGCUCUUCCUAGUCGGGCUGGGGUUCCCCUUCAUCGUGGAGGGCUUGUCCCACUUCCUCUAUGUUCCUUUCCUCUGUGUCUGUGUCUGUGGGGCCGUCUACACUGGCUUCUUCCUCCCUGAGACCAGAGGGAAGAGCUUCAUGGACAUCUCAGAGGAAUUGCACAGACUCAACUUCCCCGGGGUGGAGCCAGGGCCCCGCAUGGACAGGCCGGAGGUCAUCCGGUCCACAGAACUCUAGCUCAGCAGGUUUGGCUGGGGCCCAGCCGGCUGCUGCUCUUCCCUCGGGCCCUCUCCAUUCACCAGCCCUGCAUCCCCUUGUUUAAUGGGUGUUUGUUGAGCACCUACUGUGUG